GAAAUUAUUUGGCGCUGUGUUGAACAGAAAUUCCAUGGAACUUCACGGGGCGUUCGAAUCAAAGAGUUGGUUCGGUAACAAAUUUCAGAGUGGCGUCGUGUUUUUUUGAUAAUAAUAAAACUCAAAAAACAAACCAGAUUGCGAGAAUACGCGUCACUCAGCACCAGUCCGGCACGGCCAAAGGAAAUUGUAACGAGGUUUUCCGUAACGGCUGAAAACAAUAUAGUAUAUAUUAAAGAAAACAGAGAGAAAGAAUAUAUCAUUCACUCAUUCCCUCGCAAGUGAAAACGCCACAUAACCUUUGUUCUCUACGCUUCUUCUAGUAAAGAUGAUAGACUUUGCGCGCGUGCAGAAGGAGCUGGUGGAAUGCAGCAAGGACUCAGAGGGAUCGGGCAUCAAAGUGAGUCAGAAAAGCGAUGAUCUUGUUCAGUUAAUCGGCACCAUUCCGGGUCCUAUUGGAACUCCCUACGAUGGAGGCACUUUUCAGAUUGAUAUCACAUUGCCAGAGGGAUACCCGUUUGAACCCCCCAAGAUGCAGUUCAAGACCAAAGUUUGGCACCCUAAUAUCAGCAGCCAAAGUGGAGCUAUUUGCCUGGACAUCUUGAAAGACCAGUGGAGCCCGGCACUCACCCUGAAGACUGCACCUUCUGUGCAAGCACUUCUCUGCCCUCAGCCUGAUGAUCCCCAAGAUGCUGUGGUGGCACAGCAAUAUCUGAAAGACUAUCAGACAUUUGUUAGCACUGCCCGCUACUGGACUGAAAGUUUUGCCACAUCGACUCGUGGGAUUGAAGACAAGGUACAGAAACUUGUCGAGAUGGGAUUUCCUGAAGCUCAAGUAAGGAACAUUCUGGAAGCUGUUGGUGGUGAUGAAAACUUGGCUCUGGAAAGGUUGCUGUAGCACCAAGUUUGAAGUAUCUUCUAAAGCGUUCUGUCAUGGUCAAAUUUAGGUGAGAUGUCGCCAUAAGAUGAUGGAACCAUAUAGACAAAAAAGCUUAAUUAAAUAGAGUCGUAUAAAUCUGUACUUGACGUAUCGUAUAGUCCUUCUGUUUAACUUUGACUUCUUUUUUUCGUUGGAAACUUCGGUUCUCGACUACUUCUGAUGAUUAUAUCAUUAAUCAAUUACAUGCCUGUUGGCCAGUUUUUUGCAUCA